CUCAUUCGGCUUCUGCUCUCAUUUGGCUAUCUUGGUUUUGUGCUUGUCGAACCUUAUUCCUAGACAAUGUCUAGCCCAAAAGAUGAGGGGUCGGGUGUCCCCGCUGGCAGUCGGGGUUCCUGGUCGUCGUUCUUGAAGUCAAUCGCCUCUUUUAACGGCGAUCUCUCCUCCCUAACCGCUCCGCCCUUCAUCCUCUCCGCCACCUCCCUCGUCGAAUACUCCGCUUACUGGGCCGAGCAUCCAAAGAUCUUUGUUGCACCAGCCAAAGAGCCCGAUCCCGAGAAGCGUGCCCUCCUUGUGUUAAAAUGGUUCCUUAGUACGCUCCAUCAGCAAUAUUGCAGCCGCAGCGAGAAGUUGGGCAGCGAGAAGAAGCCGCUAAAUCCGUUCUUGGGUGAGCUGUUUCUGGGGAAGUGGGAGGAUGAUGGCGACGUUGGAGAAACACGGCUUGUUAGCGAGCAAGUAAGCCAUCAUCCACCUGUAACGGCUUAUGCAAUCGAGAAUGAGAAGCAUGGUGUGCAGCUACAAGGAUAUAACGCCCAAAAAGCUUCGUUCUCGAGUACAAUAAACGUCAAACAAAUCGGACAUGCUAUAUACUCCCUCACUCCGCUACCUACCACAGCCAACCCAUCCCCAGAACGGGAAACAUACCUCAUAACCCUCCCGUCACUGCACAUCGAAUCCCUAAUUUACGGAACCCCCUUCGUCGAGCUCAACCGCCACACCCAGAUCGUUAGUUCCACCGGUUACGUUGCCAAGAUCGAAUACUCCGGCAAAGGGUGGGUGAGCGGGAAGAAGAACUCCUUCACCGCCAUCCUAUACCAUGAGAGCGAAGGAGAAAAGAAACCCCUCUACACAGCUGAAGGCCAAUGGUCCAACACCUUCGUCAUCAAAACCGCCAAAGGCAAAAAGCAAGAAAUCAUAGAAAAUUACUGUGCCAGGACGGAGAAGACGACCCCACUCACCCUCGCCCCGCUAGAGGAACAAGAUCUGUACGAAUCACGAAGGGCAUGGAAGGACGUUGCAGCCGCCAUCGGCCGCGGUGACAUGGACGCCACCUCUGUUGCCAAAUCGAAGAUCGAAGUCGCCCAGCGCCAGCUGCGCAAGUUGGAGCGCGAAGAGGGCCGCGAGUGGGAAAGGCGGUUCUUCAAGCGCGUGGAGUCCGGCGAAGAUGAUCAGGUGUUUCUCAAAUUGGCGGAGAAGCUGGGCUGGGUGGAUUCCAAUGGCAAUGGCGGUCUGGAGUCCGAUAAAACAGGCGGUGUGUGGAGAUUUUUGCCUGAGGCAGCUAAGAAUGCGGUUCCGCCCUAUCAUAAAGAUGGGGCCCGCGGUCUGGGGUUAGUGGCCGGCGAUAACUCAUCUGUAGUGGUUGAACAGGCUACGGAAUCAACGGAGGUUGCGGAAAGCAGUUGA